CUCUAGGGAGCCUUGCCUAGAAUCCCUACUGAGGGUCUGGGGCUGGUACCAGAGGGUUAGGAUGGCCAUAGAGCAGAGGUCAGUCUCCUGGAAUUUGGGGUCAUCGGACGGGUACAGAAGGACAGCACAGGCGAGGAGCCAGUUUAGGAAGCUCGUAAGGAAGUAGGCUCAUGUCCUAGAACACGAGUACUCUGAGUCACAAAUCCUGGAAGCCCGGGUCAGGCAGAGGAAGCUGUGCAAGGUCUUCCUGUUUUUUGGCCCUGACCGUUAGAAUAGGCGCUGAUGUUAACUUGGGGCUGAUGUUCCCUCCAUCACCCCACCCACUGUGGCUUAGGAUCGCCAAGACACAAAGUCAGGGGAUGGCUGGGGGACAUCUCUGCUGCCUGGAAGGGGAAACUGAGGCCCAGAAUUUGUUGGAGACUGACGAAGCUGCUGAGAAUCCCAUGUGGAGUGUUUCAAAUUGGACUGUACUCCUUUCUGGUGUUACCUGUGGUCACCUGGUCCUCACCAUGUGGACCCCGCGAGCGCCCCCUCCACGCCCGGCCCUGCUGUUCCUCCUGCUGUUGCUUCUGAGGGUCACCCAUGGCCUUUUCCCAGAUGAACCACCUCCACUCAGUGUGGCUCCCAGGGACUACCUGAGCCACUACCCCGUGUUCGUGGGCAGCGGGCCUGGUCGUCUGACCCCUGCAGAGGGUGCUGAGGACCUCAACAUCCAGAGAGUGCUACGUGUUAACAGGACACUGUUCAUCGGGGACAGAGACAACCUGUACCAAGUAGAACUGGAGCCAUCCACAUCCACGGAGCUGCGGUAUCAGCGGAAGCUUACCUGGCGCUCCAACCCCAGUGACAUCGAUGUGUGUCGGAUGAAGGGCAAGCAAGAGGGUGAGUGUCGGAACUUUGUCAAGGUGCUCCUGCUUCGUGACGAAUCCACGCUCUUCGUGUGCGGCUCCAAUGCAUUCAAUCCCAUCUGUGCCAAUUACAGUAUGGACACACUGCAGCUUCUUGGAGACAACAUCAGUGGUAUGGCCCGCUGCCCCUACGACCCCAAGCAUGCCAAUGUCGCCCUCUUCUCAGAUGGGAUGCUCUUCACAGCCACAGUAACUGACUUCCUAGCCAUCGACGCUGUUAUCUACCGUAGCCUUGGGGACCGGCCCACACUGCGCACAGUAAAGCAUGACUCCAAGUGGUUUAAAGAGCCAUACUUUGUGCAUGCGGUGGAGUGGGGAAGCCACGUCUACUUCUUCUUCCGGGAGAUCGCCAUGGAGUUUAACUAUCUGGAAAAGGUGGUGGUGUCCCGUGUGGCCCGUGUAUGCAAGAAUGAUGUGGGCGGCUCCCCACGGGUGCUGGAGAAGCAGUGGACUUCCUUCCUGAAGGCCCGGCUCAACUGCUCCGUGCCUGGGGACUCACACUUCUACUUCAAUGUACUGCAGGCUGUGACUGGUGUGGUGAGCCUUGGCGGCCGUCCAGUGAUUCUUGCUGUCUUCUCAACUCCUAGCAACAGCAUCCCUGGCUCAGCUGUCUGUGCCUUUGACAUGAACCAAGUGGCUGCUGUGUUUGAAGGCCGCUUCCGGGAGCAGAAGUCACCUGAGUCAAUCUGGACCCCAGUGCCUGAGGACCAAGUACCACGGCCCAGGCCCGGGUGCUGUGCAGCGCCCGGUAUGCAGUACAACGCAUCCAAUGCCCUUCCUGACGAGAUUCUCAACUUUGUAAAGACCCACCCACUGAUGGACGAAGCGGUGCCCUCCCUGGGCCACUCGCCUUGGAUUGUGAGAACUCUGAUACGGCACCAGCUGACCCGAGUGGCUGUGGAUGUGGGUGCAGGCCCAUGGGGCAAUCAGACAAUAGUCUUCCUUGGCUCUGAGGUUGGCACAGUCCUCAAAUUCCUUGUGAAGCCCAAUGCCAGUGUCUCAGGGACCACAGGGCCCAGCAUCUUUUUGGAGGAGUUUGAGACCUACCGGCCAGACAGGUGUGGACGAUCCAGCAGUGCUGGUGAGUGGGGACAACGACUUCUGAGCCUGGAGCUAGAUGCUGCCUCAGGUGGCCUGCUGGCAGCCUUCCCCCGCUGUGUGGUUCGUGUUCCUGUUGCCCGCUGCCAGCUGUACUCGGGGUGCAUGAAGAACUGCAUUGGCAGCCAAGAUCCAUACUGCGGGUGGGCCCCCGAUGGCUCCUGCAUCUUCCUCAGACCAGGAACCAGUGCCACGUUUGAGCAAGAUGUGUCCGGGGCCAGCACCUCUGGCUUAGGUGACUGCACUGGACUCUUGCGCGCCAGCCUCUCAGAUGACCGCGCAGGGCUGGUAUCGGUGAACCUGCUGGUGACGUCCUCGGUGGCAGCGUUCGUGGUGGGUGCCGUGGUGUCCGGUUUCAGCGUGGGCUGGUUCGUGGGUCUCCGCGAGCGGCGGGAGCUGGCCCGGCGCAAGGACAAGGAAGCCAUCCUGGCGCAUGGCGGCAGCGAGGCAGUGCUGAGCGUGAGCCGACUGGGCGAGCGCAGGGGAACCGGGACUGGGGGUCGUGGGGGAGCCGGCGGCGGUCCCGGGGGUCCCCCGGAGGCCCUGCUGGCCCCGCUUAUGCAGAAUGGCUGGACAAAGGCGGCACUGCUGCAUGGUGGUCCUCACGACCUGGAUUCGGGGCUGCUGCCCACCCCUGAGCAGACGCCUCUGCCCCAGAAACGCCUGCCCACAACACACCCACACGCCCACGCCCUAGGACCGCGAGCCUGGGACCACAGCCACGCGCUGCUGUCGGCCUCUGCCUCCACAUCCUUGCUCCUGCUGGCGCACACCCGCGCCCCUGAGCAGCCCCCAGUGCCGACUGAGUCAGGCCCGGAAUCUCGCCUCUGCGCCCCAAGAUCCUGCCGGGCCUCUCACCCAGGCGACUUCCCACUCACGCCUCACGCCAGCCCGGACCGCCGGCGGGUUGUGUCCGCACCCACGGGCCCCUUGGACUCUUCUUCGGUGGGCGACGACCUUCCAGGGCCAUGGAGCCCACCUGCAACCAGCAGCCUGCGGAGGCCGGGCCCCCAUGGGCCCCCAACAGCCGCCCUGCGGCGCACACACACAUUCAACAGCGGCGAGGCGAGGCCCGGGGGUCACCGUCCUCGCCGCCACGCACCCGCGGACUCUACACACUUGCUGCCCUGCGGGACGGGCGAGCGGACUGCACCCCCGGUACCCUAGGCCGGGCGGAUGCCUCGACGGUGCCAACCACAGCGACCCGGGCGUCAGCCCAGGUCACCGAGCCCUACUGGCGCCGAGUGGGACGCGUUCGUUCCCCACCCUCGCGGGUGGGGAUCUCCUCGCCACAGGGAAGCACAAGAGCCCCCUCCAUCCCGGAAGAUGCAGAACAUGAAGCCCCGGGGUGGGCGGGAAGAGGCUGACCUUUUACCUGAGCAUAGACUUUGAUUUUUGUUUAUUUUGAGUUUGGUUUUUUUUUUUUUCUAAGAAAUUGCACAGCCCCAUUCUUACUUGGGGUGUCGGCCGGGGUGGGAGGUGAGGAUAUGGGGUAACGGGAGGCAGAGCUGCAGACACGAGCCUUCCUGCCUCAACACAUCCUCCCUAGAAGGGACCCCCUCCCCUUUCCUGGGCUCCUGCGCGCGCGCGCGCGCGCGCGCGUGUGUGUGUGUGUGUGUGUGUGUGUGUCCGUGUGCAUGGCCUGUUUGUGUGCAAAGGCCCGAGGCAGAAGUAUGUGUGCGUGCGUGUGAGACAGGGCUGCCGUGUGUGUGUGUGUGUGUGUGUGUGUGUGUGUGUGUGUGUGUGUGCGACUCAGAAUGUGGGUGGUGGUGCCCUCAGAGACCCUGGCAUUGGCUGAGCCAAUGUUGGUACUUCUGGAAAGAAACCCAGGGGAUGGAGCCUCUGAGGUGCCGGUUGGAGUUCAAAUCCUGCUCCUGCAGAGGGAAUCUGGGGAUCCAGGCUGGGAGAUGGGGGAACCUACUUCUAAAGGGCUUGUGGGGGGUUUUGGGAGGGUGGAAGUGGGCAGACACCCCUGUAAAUACAGCCCUGGGGUGGUCAGAGAGGCCCAUGCCACCUGUCCCCACUUGUGACAUGCCCUCUGACUGCCAACUGACCAUGCAUGCCACGUGGCCAGCUGAGUCCAGGACCCUCCUCAGCCCUAUCCCUGUCAAUAAAACUCUUGUUUACAUCCACCGGC